GGAGGGAGGAUAUAACGGCACGGCAGCAGGGGAGACACAGCCAGAUCCCCAGCCAGAAUGGAGGGCAAGCUGUACAGAGGAGAGGACUACAAGGAGUUUGACUCCCAGGACUACUUAAAGACCUACUACACCUUUGAUUCAGGCACCGUGGCUGAAAAUGAAAUCCUGAAAUUUAACCUGAAAAACCUCUUCCAAACCUUCUCUUCAGGAGGAGUGGGAGGGGACAUCCUGAUUGACAUUGGCACAGGCCCCACCAUCUACCAGCUGCUCUCCGCCUGUGAGGUCUUCCGGGAGAUCAUCGUCUCCGACUACACAGACCAGAACCUCCGCGAGGUGGAGAAGUGGUUGAAGGAGGAGCCGGGAGCCUACGACUGGUCCCCAGCCGUGCAAUACGUGUGUGAGCUGGAGGGAGACAGGAGCAGAUGGCAGGAGAAGGAGGCCCGGCUCCGAAGGACAGUCACACGGUUACUGAAGUGUGAUGUCACCGAGCCACACCCACUGGGGCCAGCCCAGGUGCUACCAGCUGACUGCGUGCUGACCCUGCUGGCCCUGGAGUGCGCCUGUCAUGAUGUGGACACCUACAGGGCAGCCAUUCGGAACCUGGUCAGCCUCCUGAAGCCAGGAGGGUACCUGGUCACUGCAGUUACCCUGGGUUUCCAGGGCUACAUUGUGGGCAACAAGAAUUUCUUUGGGCUCCACCUAGAGAAGGAGACAGUGGAGAAGGCCUUGCAGGACGCUGGCUGCCAGGUGCUGAGGUGCCAGCACAGCCCCAUAAGCUACACAGAGACCUUCUGCAUCAGCAAGGGCAUGUGCUUCGCAGUCGCCCGCAAGAGUCCCAGUGCCUAAGCCAGCUGGCAAGAGGGCCUGCCCAAAGGGGGCUCAGGGUCAGAGUUUCCAGUCUCCCGCCACAACCCCUCAGAGCAGGGCCAACAGGAAUUUCACCCCUGCACUCCUAUUGCUUCCACCCAAGGUCAUAGUGAAAAGCAGGGUCUCCCUUGUACCCAGCGCAGGGACCUGUCCCCCAUACCCCCUUUUGGUUCAAGGUGUACCAAAAAUCAGCAAAAUAAAGGAACUCAACUGCA